CAUGCCUGGAGGAAGUUAUUAUAUGGGCUGUGUUUCUUCCAUGCACUGGUGCAAGAAAGGCGUAAAUUUGGUCCUCUUGGUUGGAAUAUUCCUUACGAGUUUAACGAGACAGAUCUGCGCAUCAGCGUCAGACAACUCUCCAUGUUUCUUAAUGAGUAUGAGGAGGUGCCAUUUGCAGCCAUUAAAUAUCUAACAGGAGAAUGUAACUACGGAGGACGAGUCACUGAUGACCGUGACAGAAGAACGCUUCUCUCCAUCCUAGAUAAGUUUUACUGCAAAGAGGUUAUAGAGAGUGAAGACUACAAAUUUGAUGUCUCUGGAAUUUACUUUUCCCCCAAAGAUGGAGAUUAUGAGAGUUACAUCGAGUACACUAAAAAUCUACCCCUAAACCCUCAUCCAGAGAUCUUUGGUAUGCAUGCAAAUGCAGAUAUCACCAAGGACCAAGCACAAACAAAACUCCUUUUUGAUAAUAUUCUACUUACCCAGGUAAGAAAUGUUAAUGAAUUUAAACCUUUAUGAUGAUGGUGAUCUUGAUUAGUCUUAUUAAUUUUAAUUGGUAUGUC